AGCAUUCAGAUUCCUGCUGCUACCUCCUGGGACAGAGCCCUAAGGAACCUUAAGGAGGUUCUGAGCUGCCCCUACCCCAUCUGGACUCACAGAGUCCUUCUGGGUGCUGAGAGGAGCUUGGGGGCUGGCCCGACAGCACUGGUUCCAUCUGCCUCCUCUGGCCUGUCUUCACAGCCUCCUCCCUGCACUAAAGCCCAGGGCUGCAGAGCGGCCUCUCCUUGGACCUGCACUGAGCCCUUGAGGGACUGGAAGAGACUAUUGGGACCAUGGUUGGACUAAAGCCUUCAGAGAUGCCUCCCACAACAGCUGUGAAGUUCCUGGGGGCGGGCACAGCGGCCUGUUUUGCUGACCUCCUCACCUUUCCACUGGACACAGCCAAGGUCCGCCUGCAGAUCCAGGGGGAGAACCAAGUGGCCCAGAGCGUCCAGUACCGUGGUGUGCUGGGCACCAUCCUGACCAUGGUGCGCACCGAGGGUCCCCGCAGCCUCUACAAUGGGCUAGUCGCUGGCCUGCAGCGCCAGAUGAGCUUCGCCUCCAUCCGCAUCGGCCUCUACGACUCUGUCAAGCAGUUCUACACCCCCAAAGGAUCAGACCAUGCCAGCAUCACCACCCGGAUUUUGGCAGGCUGCACCACGGGGGCCAUGGCGGUAACCUGUGCCCAGCCCACAGAUGUGGUGAAGGUCCGAUUUCAGGCCAACAUGCACAUUGGGAAUUACAGCGGGACAAUGGAUGCUUACAGGACCAUCGCCAGGAAGGAAGGGGUCAGAGGCCUGUGGAAAGGAACUUUUCCCAACAUCACGAGGAAUGCCAUUGUCAACUGUGCUGAGAUGGUGACCUAUGACAUCAUCAAGGAGAAACUGCUGGACUCUCACCUGCUCACAGACAACUUCCCCUGCCACUUUGUCUCUGCCUUUGGAGCCGGCUUCUGUGCCACAGUGGUGGCCUCCCCAGUGGACGUGGUGAAGACCCGGUAUAUGAAGGCCUUCCCAGGCCAGUACCGCAGCCCCCUGGACUGUAUGCUGAAGAUGGUGGCCCGGGAGGGUCCCUCAGCCUUCUAUAAGGGAUUUACACCCUCCUUUCUGCGACUGGGAAUCUGGAACGUGCUGAUGUUCGUAACCUACGAGCAGCUGAAACGGGCCUUGAUGAAAGUCCAGGUGCUACGAGAAUCUCCAUUUUGAAUAGGUCAGGCCACUUGGGACAUAACUGGAACAAAGCCAGUUAUGAAUGGAAUAAACAGUGGGUCCACACGCACAGGGACACAGAUCCACACAUGUUUACAGAACUGUUUACUUGCUGCUGACUCAAGAAACAGGAGAAGAGGAGGAAGGAGUCUGGUCUUCAGUGCAUUGUUUAAAGAACUAUUUGUUUUGCACUGACAAGAUGAAAAAUAAAUUAUAUUAAUUUUUGAAACCCAUUAAGUUGGAUGCCUAACAUUUAGGCAAAAGAAAAUAAACCAAACCAGAUCCAUUUGGAUAAAAAUGGAAGAUUGUCAACUGAAAGAUCUGAUUAGACAAUGAAAGAAAAGACGGGCAAGCACUGGCCGGGGGUGGCACGUGAUAACUUGGCAAUCGGCUAAGGGGGCUAGUGGGACACAGCAACACAGCACAAAGCUGUGACUGCAGCCCCUGAGCAACCAUGGACCACCAGCCACCCGUGUGACGUGUCUGCUGGGUAGAAUCCAUUGGAAUUCCAGGAAAUGUGAGAAAAAGAAAACCUGGAAUUUGUGCCAAAGGAGCAUUGCUGGGCCAGUGUGAGGCUGAGACUCAUAAUUAGUCCCUGACGACACUGGAGAAUCCAGAGGGCAGCCUCAGUCUCCUUUCCUAUCAAAUGGAAGUACAAACCCCAUCCCUGCUACUUCUCCAGGGUAUCGUGAGGAUCAAGUGGAAAGCUGGACACAAAAGCACUUUAUAAAAGCAAAAAUUCUGUACAAAUGUAAAAAUAAGGACAUGGUCUUGGGAAAUGUUUUAUCAGGACAGUGAGGAAAUACCAGGGAAGUUUUUGAAAGAUGGUUGACUGGAGCUGCAGCCAAAGGAACCAGAGACUCAUGGGCCAGGAGGGACAGAGGAUGACAUGUGGCCACGGGACCCCCACUCCCAUGCAGCCACCAUUCCCUGACUGGACUGGGAGGCACCUUGAAGAGUGUGGGGCUUGGGGGAAAAGAGGUAAAUGAUGGAGUUGAGAGCCUAAAGUAGCAGGACUCAAGAAUUUUUGGAAAAUUAGUAUGACUUAAUAAAGGAAUUCACACACCUAGGUGUUGGAAUGAGAACAGCCACUUUUCUGCCUUCUCUUUCUUGGACAGAAUCUCCCUUUUCACUUCGGACUUCCUGUUUGUAAGGGUUGGGCCACAUCCGGCCCCACCUGCCCACACUGCCUGCUGCCCUCUCCCGCAGGCUGGCUGCUCUGCCUUUUCCGGCUUCAGCUUCUCCAUCUGUAAAAGGCGGGGUUGAACCAGAUGACCUCCUUCUGAAUUUAAGACUAGAAUUUAAGACUGAAUUUAAGACUAGGUUGAUAUUGGGGAACCAGAAUGCCUGUCAUUUUCUGCUUCUUAGCAGCCUGUGUGGCUUUGAUGACAGAACUGAGUUCAAAUCUCACCCAUCCACACCUCACUUGCAGCCUAACCACCAGGAAUCCUGGCACCUGUGUCCUACCAGAGACGUGGUAACAAUCCCCACCUCACAGGAAUGUUCAGCAAAGUCAUCCCUCCUUCUCCAAACUGACUCCUCCUUACCCGGGGAAAAAGUGAAUAUUCACUUACACUCAGCACUUUCCUAAAUUUAAAUUAUAAUUUGAGAUCAUCUAUAUAUACAAUCUGGAAAAUCCAAACAAAAGCAAAAAAAUAAAAAUGAUCAAUUUAGUGUCUAGUUUGGCUUUCAAAUAAAAUUCAUGUUUAA